GCCCGUGGUCAAAGUGGUAACUGGGGAUCUGAGCUCGGCGGUGACGCGCGGCCCUCACGUGACCAGGAGCCUAUGUCUGCCCUAGUCCCGCUCUCCUGGUCCUUUUUGCCUGUCCAGACACCGUCUGCCUCCUGCCCUUCGGUCGAGGGAAAGAGCAGAAGGAAGUCUGCAAUUCUGCAGGUCACAGCGGAGCGCCUCGAGGAGAGGACGCUUAGAGCAAACCUCCAGGAGAGGUCCCGGUCGGCGCCAAGACCAUCCUGAACAUGGAAAAAUCCUGCAAAGAAAAUGAAGAACAGCCACAGAGCGCACCCAAGACAGUUGAGGAGCAGCCUCCAGUAGAGCACUCUCCCGAAAAGCAGUCUCCAGAGGAACCAUCUUCCGAGGAGCAGCCUUCAGUAGAGCACUCUCCCGAAAAGCAGUCUCCAGAGGAACCAUCUUCCGAGGAGCAGCCUUCAGUAGAGCACUCUCCCGAAAAGCAGUCUCCAGAGGAACCAUCUUCCGAGGAGCAGUCCUCGGAGGAGGAGUUCUUUCCCGAGGAGCUCCUUCCCGAGCUCCUUCCCGAGAUGCUCGUGUCAGAGGAGCGCCCUCCUCAGGAGCGCCUUUCUAGAAGGGACCUUUUUGAGGAGCGCCCUCCCAUGGAGCAGCCUCCUUGUGGAGUGGGAAAACAUAAGCUAGAAGAAGGAAGCUUUAAAGAGAGGCUGGCUCGCUCUCGCCCGCAAUUUAGAGGGGACAUACACGGCAGAAAUUUAAGCAAUGAGGAGAUGAUAAAGGUAGCAGAGGAGAUGGAAGAAAUGAAAAGAGUGCGCAACAAAUUGAUGGUUAUGCAUUGGAAGGCGAGACGGAACCGCCCUUACCCUAUUUAAUGUGUUCGGCCUUUAAUUGUUUUGCCUGAUAUAAGUAUUGCCACCUGAACGUUGCAUUUUCUUAUAUACCUUUCCCCAUCUCAAUUAUAACUUUUCGCGUGGCUUUAUUCUAGGUGUUUUACUUGUAACUGGCAUUAAAUUGGGUUUUCCCCACCCGCAAGCUGCAACUUUCACUUUUUCAAUCAUGAGUCUCAUCCAUUUGCAUGAAAAGAUGUACAUUAUAUAAAUAUAUUGUGAAGUGAAAUUUUUGAAAAGUAUAUGUUGUAUCCCAUUUUGUAAAAAGAAUGUAUAUUUAUAUAUUAAUAUGCAAAGAAAAACAGUAUAUCUUAAAUGGCUUAACAGUGGCUAUCUGUGUGGUAAUAGGGGUUUUGGUUUGUUUUUCAUUUUUGCUUCGGAAUGUCUUUCAAGACAAACAUUUUUUUGUUAAAAAAAUAUAAUGGGAAAAACUUUUAAAAUUGUCAUUCAGCUUAUAAAGGCAAUGUGGCACUUAAUAAAUUCUUGUCAGAACUUUAAAGAAAAGUAAAUCCCAUGUUUGUUUGUUCUUAAGUAGGCUCUGUGCCCAGCAUGGAGCCCAAUGAGGGCUUGAACUCACAACACUGUGAUCAAGAGCCAGAGGCUUAACAGACUGAGACACCCAGUUGCCCCAAUCCUACUUUUUUUAAAAUCUCAGGCAGAAGAACAAACCAGGUACCUCUGUUUCACAGUCAUUCUUUUCCCAUUUAAAGAGGAAUAAUGCUUGACUUAUAAGGCAGCUGUGGAGCCAAAUGAAAUGAAGAUCCUAGAGCUGCCUGAUUUUCCCUCACCUGUGCAUGCAGGACCCCCAACCCCUAUAGAUACCCUUCAAAUAUAGGGGAUAGAACCCAAAAGGAGGUUUCACUUACACUCACAAAUAAUUCCUGUGAGAUUCCAGUUGAGUGCCACAUUCUCCUACCCUGCUAUUCUCUUCCCUUGGAUACUGUCAUAUCUGCUACUCAGGGCUGCCUCUUCUCCUGGGUCCUUCUCCUUCCAUGCCCUGUCCCCCCUACCCGCAGCUAAGGUGCCUGGGUUGCUGAUUGCUCUGAAGUCCUUUCUAGGCCAAAUAAAAACCUACAGAUAAAUGGAAAAUGUUUCUCCUUCAGCUUUUAUAUUAUACUUAUCCAGAUGCAUAUCAUCCCAGUCCUGCUUAAACCUCAAAGUCUUAAAGAAUUCUUAACAAAAUAGUCCCCCCACCCCCACCCCCACCCCCGCCGAAAGUCUCAUCUUUUCCUCCCUGGAUUCAAACAUGAAUUCACUGAGAUACGGGCUAGGAGACAAAUUUGUGCCAGCCAUAAUGCUGGGUAUUCUGAAUUGAAACCUCCCUCCCAAAAUAUUCUCCAAGAAUGACUAUAGUUUUAGGUGCCUAACAUUUGCCCUAGGGUGAAUUCUUUCCCAAGGGUUUUCUGGCAGACUUGCCUUAACCAAUUCAGCUGACUUGCUCAGCUUGUAUAAGUUGAAGAGGAAAGUAAGACUUAGGUUAAAGCUAGGGCAUUUCCCUUCUUCCCCACCGCACAUCACCAAGAAAGAAGCAUUCAAAAGUACUUUGUACUUUGUAAGUCAUUAAAGUACUGUAUAUGUAUAUACAUACAGCUCUAUAUGCAUAUACCAGAUAUUAUGAUUUCUCAAACUACCCUUAUAACACCUAAGAUUUUGUUUUAUUGAUGCUAUUAAUUCUAGAAACAUGGAUAGUGGUUAAUAAUUUUUUAAAAUUGUGAUCCAGUCAUGAACCCUGAAUUUCUGUUUAAUUGACUGUGUAGUUUCAUUGUGUUUACUUCUCUAGAAAGUAUGAUUUGCAAUUCUAGAAGGAUCACUUAGGGGAAGAAUUGUUACCCCAAAUUCAACAUUGAAAUUAUUUACAUAUCUUAAAUAUCAGCAUUUCUCUUAUUAAAAAAAUGCAGGGACCCGGGCUCUAUCCCAGACCCACUAAAUUUCAUUUUCUGUCAAUUAGCACACAAUUUAGAAAUCCACUUCCAUAUGCAAUAUACUCCUGGUUUUAGUAAAAAUAAAUUAUGACAAAACUAGAAUAAAAUGCAGAUGAUUUUAUCAGAAUUUAAAAGGGUGCAAGGUUCAGGGCACCUGGCUGCCUCCUGAUCGUGGGGGUUGUGAGUUCAAGCUCUACACUGGUAUUGGGUUUACGUAAAAAAGAGCGAAAGUUUUGUCCAAGCAUAUUUUUAAGAAACUAAAAACCACCUCAUCAGUUUUACUCCAUAAAAUUUAAAUUGCUUGCCACAAAGCAAGACCAUAUACAGAAUAAAAACCUGAGGACAAUAAAAUAGCAAGAUAGAUUUUUCACAACUGGCAUUAAGUAAUGUCUUGCAUUCCUUCCUUAUAAGAAGUAAAAUGGAUCUGAAAUAAAUUUAAAGCUCUUUGGUGUUCAGUUCACAAAAUGGUGAGCCAGUCCUGUGCCCUUGACCUUUUUGCUUUUUAUUUUCCACUGUAUGAUGCCAUUUGGGGGGAUCUUCAUGUCUCCAGACCAUUCUUCAAGGUCAUGGCAGCCUGAUGGAUGCUGGUUGGGCUGGAUUCCAGUUGGAGUGAGAUAAGUUUCCAGAGGCUCACUAUACCAGUUUGACAAGACAGAAUGAAUCCACCCCCCACCCCCACCCCAUGGUGCUCAGAGGGGCGGUGCUCAGGUAGGAUGUGGAAAGGCUCACCCAAGUCACACUUCUCUCCAGGGUGGGUCUGAUGUUGGAUUCUCUGCUCCAGCCUGCAGCAGGCACCAGACCCUCUGAGGCUGGUGGCCAAAUUGUCCUGGACACACUUACCUGGAGGGCAACAACGAUCCCCAUUGCAGGUCAGAGCACUUUGCCUUUCCCUCCUUUCUCCCUUCUCUUUUGGGGAACUUUUUAUAGGGGAGGGGAUAAAGUUCCAAGGAUUCCUAACUGGAAACAUUGGUUGGGAUGGUCUUUGAGUGGGCAGAUGUCUGACCUGGGUCUGACCAGGCCACGUGGCUCUCCUUUUGAGUUUACUGAACUAGCUUUUCCACAAAUGGGGUUAGACCUCAGACAAGACCUCACCCAUCCCUCUUCGACCCACCUUGCACAGACUCCCCAGAGGGCCUCAGAUGUGCCCCAGCCUGUGUUGGUGACUCUGUCCUGAACAUUGCUCUGUGCCUGAAGUGCCUCUGAGGUCUGUGUCAGCCUAGGCCCAGGGUCAGAGACUCCAAGUAGAGGGAACUUGCAAAAGCAUGUGGUCCAACAACAACUUAGGAGAAAAGGGGUUUCACCUCCUGUGUGAGCAUCACAUUGCAAUGCCUAUGCAUUGCAGGCCCUGCCCAUGACUUGAGUGCCAGGGGCAUUGUUGGUAGACAGUCAGCAGAAUCCAGGUCCUGGCUCUCUGGUCCUCUUAACCACUUCCCUGCCCAGACAGAAGGCUGGCAUCUCAAUCACAUAUCCAAGAAGCAGCUUGUCUGGUCAACCCCAGAACAAAAAGCAUUUAGGGUCCCAGACCCUAGAGAAAGCCCUCUUUUAAUCAGAAUUAUCUGGCUUUUAUGAAACAGUGCUGGAGAGUGGGAGCCCCUCAGUGUGAGAUAGCAUACCUGAGAGAUCAGGUUCAGGUUCCCUGUAAAAUAUCCGAGAUUCCUUCCUCUCCCAUUCAGAAAUACUAACCCAAACUCAAUUAUUUUUAUGAAUAAAGAAUAAAAUUAUAGAGAUAGAGAAGAGACAGAUCCUAUGUUCUAAUUCACAUUUGUCUGAAUCAAAUUGUGUUCUCCCCACUCUACACACUCCAAUUUACUUAUUUAAUUAAUUACUUAAAAGUAAGAUCUGUACCCCACUUGGGGCUCAAACUCACAAUCCUGAGGUCAAGAGUCACAUGUGCCACCAGCUGAGCCAGCCAGGUUUCCCAGACUGCCUCCAAUUUAGAUUGUAGUUUUUCAGGACUUAAGGUAUAAUUGAAUUAGACUUACCAAGUACUGUGUCCUUGUUGGUUUGUGCAUUUGGGUGAGUUUUUGCAUUACUAUUUUUCUCCAGAUGGAACUGUCCAGUAAGCAGUUAGAUGUAAGUGUCUAGAGUUUGAAAGAGAUUGGCAUGGAAAUAUGGAUUGUGGCUGGUGGUACCUGACAUGUAGUAAGGGCCUUUUGAAUAUUUAUUGAAUUAAAAGAAUGAAGAAUCCAGUGGUAUAUCCUUCUACGUUUUUCUAUAAAUAUGUAUUUUUAAAACGAAAGUGGGACCAUACUGAAUGUACUGAUGCAUACCCUAUGUGUAAAAAAAUGAAUUUAUUCUUUAAACCUCUUUGCGCUCUCUAAAACCAGACAAUACUGGUUUUAAAUAGUAUUUAAAAACUAGAAGUAAGCACGCCAUCUGGUGUCUGGAGGCAGAACUACGAGUUGAAUGAACAGUUAACAAAGGAAAAGAGGGAAGGAGAGAAACUACUGGGGGGUGGGAGAAGACUUGAUAUUGGGGAGGGGAAUACCUCAACCCUGACUCACACUGGACUGAUCCAGUAUCAACCUUUUCUUGGGGGGUGAAGUAGCUCAAGAAGCAACGUAUACUUAGACGGUUUUUCUCUGUCUCAAGUCAAGAUACUUGUGUGCAUGUGUGUGUAAGUUUAAACUGAAAGGUCUUAUACUAUUUUGAAUUUUUUCUGAUUGUGGAAGUUAUAUGUUUCUUCCAGAAAAAUCUGGAAAAUAUACUUUAUGUAGGAAAGUAUAAAACAAAAUAUAAAUUACCUAUAGUUCCUCUACCUAGAGAAAUUGUUAAUAUUGACAGAUACGUGCUUACGUUGUGUGUAUAUUCCUUUUAUGUUAAUAAAAUAUAUUAUUCUGAUA